AUGGAUUUUAAUGACAGUGAUGAGGAGGGCCCGCCUGAACUAGUCGACAUGAACUCGCUGGAGGGCCCUCAUGCAAAGACCCCCGCUGAACGGAAGCUGAACAGAGUGCCUAUCACGAUUGUAACAGGCUACCUGGGUGCGGGCAAGACGACGCUGCUCAACUAUAUUCUGAGGAUCGUAGAAUUUGGAGAUUCAAUUGAUAUCGAGAAGUCAAUAACCGUCAAUAAAGGACGUGAACAAGUUGAAGAAUGGCUAGAGCUGGCAAAUGGCUGCAUAUGCUGUUCUGUCCGAGAUACAGGUGUGGCGGCCAUUGAAUCGCUCAUGGAACGCCAAGGCACAUUUGACUACAUUCUACUGGAAACAACCGGCCUUGCAGACCCAGGCAACAUCGCACCCUUAUUCUGGGUUGACGAUGGGCUAGGCAGUACCAUCUACCUCGAUGGAAUCGUCACCCUCGUCGAUGGGAAGAACAUCCUCCGUCUUCUAGACGAGCCUGCUCCACCAGAAAUCCAGGGAAUCCACCAUGGCCAAGUUUUGACCACCGCCCAUCUCCAAAUAUCACAUGCUGAUGUGAUCAUACUGAACAAGAGCGACUUGAUCACACCUGCUGAGCUUGAGAAGGUUAAGGAGCGGGUUACCUCUAUUAACGGCGUGGCGAAAAUUAUUGUCACGGACCAUAGCAAAGUCCCAAAUCUUGAAGGAACUGUGCUUGAGAUCCAUGCGUAUGAUAACCUGACCGAUGUCGAUUUCAGUGAGAAGGGCCACAGCCAUCUCGAUCCCUCGAUAUCAACGCUUUCCUUCACCAUUGACAAGAUAGCCCCAGAAAGCGUACCAAAAGUGGAUGUAUGGCUACGAUCAUUAUUGUGGGAGCAACAGCUACUUCCUAAACCAGCAAGCCCGAGUCUUCCAACUAUGAAAGAUUUCGAGAUCCAUCGGCUGAAGGGGCUACUCUGCCUGACAGAUGGUGGGACGCGGAUCAUCCAAGGUGUUCAGGAAGUUUUCGAGAUUAUAGAAACAGACAACAGACACCCCUCUGCAGUAGAUUGCUGCAAAAUCGUCUUGAUUGGACGAGGAUUGGGGACUGAUAGCGGCCCCUGGCGGGAAAGCUUGCAAGCAUGUGUUGGGCAAUCAGGCUAA